AGUUCUGUCCAUUUCCCCCACAUUUAAGCCGUCAUUUUGAUCAGGCAUUAUGUUAGACAAACUCGGGUCCUUGCUCUCUGCAUUUUGAAACCGUAGCGGUGAGAAGACACCUAGCAGCAGCAGCAGCAGCCGGGAAGAGAGGAGGGAGCUGAAGCAUGGAGGCGGUUCUGAGCAGGCUGAGGGGGCUAAGUGCUGAUGAACUGCGCGAGGAGUUUGCACGUGCAGGCGUCAAGUGCGGCCCCAUCACAGCUACCACCCGAGCCACCUUUGAGAGGAAGUUAGCCCGAGUCCUGGCUGGACCCGAGAGCAGUGCCACUGAAUUGGACAGCAGCUCAUCAGCAGGCGUCUCGGGCAGUGCGACCGCUGUUGCUGAUCACGGCAAACCAGUGUCAUGUGCCACCUUAGCCGUUGCAACCAAUACUGCUGCAGCAAGCAGCAAGCCUACUGAGACUGCAAGUGAGGAGUUGGACUUUGGCUACGGAAUAGGUCUCAACCCACCAGAGGAAGAGGAGAUCUCAGCAAAGACGUCUUCACAUAGUUUAGCUGAAGGCAGUAACUCUCAAUUCAAAACAGAAAUCUCUUCAAAGCCAGCACAAGUGUCUCCAACAUUUUAUUAUGGAGUAUGUCCACUGUGGGAUGAUGUUUUGGCUAGAAAUGAGAGAGCACAUGUCUACACAGACAAGAAAGAUGCCCUUCAAGCUGUAAAGAUGAUGAAGGGCGCCCGCUUCAAAGCCUUUCCUAUCCGUGAAGAUGCAGAGAAGUUUGCUAAGGGGAUCUGUGACUAUUUCCCCUCUCCCAACAAAUCUACACCUUGUGUAUCUCCUGUCAAACCAGGCCUCGUCAUGGGUAAAGACCACAUGGAGGUCGAUACCAUCAACCGGGAGCGGGCCAACAGUUUCAAGAGCCCACGCACCCAGGAUCUCACCGCCAAACUGAGGAAAGCUGUGGAGAAGGGCGAUGAGGUGGCCUUCAGUGAGCUGGUGUGGAACAAUCCACGCUAUCUCAUUGGCUCAGGUGAUAACCCAACCAUCGUGCAGGAGGGCUGCCGGUACAACGUAAUGCAUGUUGCAGCCAAGGAGAACCAGGCAGGAGUCGCCCAGCUUCUGCUCGACACCUUGGAGAACCCAGAGUUUAUGCGCCUCAUGUAUCCAGACGACCAGGAAGUAAUGCUGCAGAAACGUAUCCGCUACAUUGUAGAUCUUUACCUCAACACUCCAGAUAAGGCUGGCUUUGAAACACCACUCCACUUUGCCUGUAAGUUUGGGUGCCCGGACAUGGUCAAUGUCCUGUGCUCACAUCCUGACAUCGAUAAGAACUGCAAGAACAAGGAUGGCCAGAAACCUUGUGAUCUUAUUUGUAGCAGGAAAAAUAAAACUCAAGAAGUGAAACAGAAGAUAAGUGACUAUUUAGAGGAUCGCUGCUAUAUCCCUUUGCUGAGGGCAGCUGACAACACCACUCAGCCCAUCAUUGGUGCUCUGUGGUCACCUGAGUCCUCAGAAAGUCUCUCGCUGGCCCAGCUGCAUGGAAGAAGCCCUAUGGAUCCGCUGAUGACUGUCACAGCCUUCGCUGGCCCGCUGAGCCCUUCUAAAGCGGAUGAUUUUCGACGGUCCUGGAAGACGCCACCCAGAGAGCGGGCGGAUGAUUUCCACCACAUUCUGAAGUCAGAUCCUGACCGUGGGGCAGAGAGGGUGGGCAGACAGCUGGCUCAUGUGAUGGGCCACCCGUGGGCUGAGUACUGGGACUUCCUGGAUAGUUUUGUGGAUCUGUCUUCAACUGACGGGCUGCGCAAGCUGGAAGAGUACCUUAGCAAGAAGGACUUCAGCCCACUUGCUCAUGAAGAGGCUGGGGAGAAUGAGACCAGCAACAGGUUCAAAACCCCCUCUCCAGCCAAGCCCAAAAAGUUCUGCAACUCCAUCUCUGUUGGUGCCUUCCUGGACGAGGGUGAUGACAUCAGCCUUGAGGAGAUGAAGAACCGACAGAAUGCAGCACUCACCAGCAUCACCUCCUCUGCUGCAUCCAAGGACAGUCUGAAGGGAGCAGUGGGGGGCCGCGAGUUCCACAUCCUGCCCAUCGCACUGCACCACCGUGGGGCCGACUUGAUUGAGACAGCGGCCGAGCAGGACCUUCUGUGCUGCUGCGAUGACGGACUGCUGUCACCCGGCAUCGUCUGCAAAAAUGGGGUGUGCUCCUCUUCCAGAGACAGGACUCACAAUGGAGACAAGGUGGCCCCUCGCACCUCCCCAUCCUCAUCCUCUUGCCUGCUGUCGCCCAUCUCCAACCUCAUGGUGGAGUUUGAGCGCAUGACACUGCAGGAGCCGCUGGACAGCCCCACCAGCUGCAGGGAGAGGAGGAGCAGUGGCGGGAGCCGACACAGGGAGGCCAGAGACUCCUAUGGUUCCCCCUCAGCCGCAGACCUGAACUCCGGGCUGAACCGCCUGUCUCUCGGUCAUAGCAGUCAGGACAGUGAAACCGUGGAGGGGCCGGGCUGGAGAACAGGGGGAGGAGGGGCAGAGGAGAGGCGUAGCAGCGGGAGCUCAGAGGAGUACUUUGAAGCAGAGGAGAGUCUGGAGGUGUUGGGCAGGACUAGGGGGUCAGUAUCAGGGGGCCGCAACUUCUGUGCUAGGUCCAAGUCAUGGGACCAUGGGGGACGGGACCUGAGCAGCUCAGGAUCCUCUGGGUCCUCCUACAAGUCUUUGGAGAACUCCAAUGAGUUCCUACCCAGGACCCCACCGCAAAUGAGAAGAGGACUUUUCAUUGAAGGGGAUACUCCAACCAAGUUGGACAGAGAGGUCCUCUCAGCAAUAGAAGGCAUAGAUGUCGAUCCCCAGAAAUAUCCCAGCAUUCAGAAGUGGAAGAGCACAAUGAAGUCGUUCUCUGCAUCAGACAUGCACAGCUGGCCCAGCCCUGCGGUGGUAAAACCACGACUCAGGAUGCAGCAUCAGACCCCUGGCUCCCCGGUCAGCAGCCUGAUGUCUCCCACCGGCCGCUUCAGUCCUGCCCGGCACACCGCCUCGCCAGACUUCAGCCCCAGCCGUUACAGCCCUGCCAAUGCUAGCUACAUCCAGCGCAUCCGCCUCAAGCACUUCUAACAAGCCACCAGUCUAACUGCCCUCUCCUUCCCCGUCUCCCACCACUUACGGCCAUACCCUCUCAAAGCCCUAACCCCACCCCACACCCCUCCCACUACUGCACCAAGGUGGCCACACCACAGCUCAGAAAACCACACACCUAACAGAAAUAUGCACAAGUGUCUGGAAGGUUUGUAUUAAUGGUGUAUGGUACUACUCCUAUGUAAUACAGAAAUCCUCAUCACGUUGGGUUGUGAUGUACACUCAAGACUUUAAAAAAGGAAAAAAAGAAACCUUGAUAAUUUAUGUACUGUAUGGGUGUGGACCAUGUUGAAUUGACGGUAAUGUUAUUUGUGGCAAGUGUGAAGCACCUGUAUCAUAGCCUGAGUCAACUUUUUUGAAUAUCGUGAGUACGAGCCGCACUCCCCAAAGUUAGGUCAUCACGAAAACCUUAGUGUGGAAUCCUCAACAGGAUUCUGUCGCUGAAGAUGUUUUUAAAAAAAGUAAAAUGUCAAUAUUUUAAAAAUUAUUUUUUGUAUGUUGGUCAGUAGCACAAACUUUAAAUGUUUUUAUUAAUGGUGUUAAAACCGACUGCCAUUUCCUAUGUUUUCCUCAGUUCAGGAAUUGCCUUAAUUUUCUGAAGUGAUGGACCGGUUCUCUGUCAGUUUGGACACUCUUCUCUAGCUCAUAUAUAAAAUAUCUGGAAAUGGCGACCUCACUGGCUGCGUCAGGCACAGAUGAUUACGGCAAACAUGAGAAAAAAACUGAUAAGAAUGAGAGCUUCCAUGUUUUUGUUUUGUUCCUUAAUAAAUGCAUACAUUUUCCAUCUUUU